AUUGACAUUUCAUAUUUGUAUUGUUAGGUUGUGGGGUGGAGUUAUUUCUAGAAAUUUAAAUAAGUUUUAUUACGAAUUCCCUUUAUCUGAGAUAAUAAAUUUAAAUAGAUAUAAUUUUAGAACUGUUAUGGAGAAAUCUGUACAGGAAGUCGUGGAACAGGACCUGCAAGAAGAGGGUCAGUUUGUUGUGGACGAUGUGAGUAAAAUUAUAAAGGAUGCCAUAGAAACUGUCAUAGGAGGCAAUGGUUAUCAACAGAACAAGGUUAAUAACUGGACAACGGCAGUCGUGGAAGCAUGUACAGCAGAGUUGACGAAACUGAUGAAACCCUAUAAAUACAUCGUUACGUGCACUAUCAUGCAGAAAAAUGGAGCCGGUUUACACACCGCAAGCUCUUGUUAUUGGGAUAACAACACAGAUGGAAGUUGCACAGUCCGUUGGGAAAAUAAGACCAUGUUUUGCAUUGUAUCUGUUUAUGGUUUGGCUAUAUAAAUUUUAUUCCACUUUACAAUUAGAUUAUGCUGCUAUAAACCCACUACAUUAAUUUAUGAUGUAUUAGUUAAAUAGUUAAUUGUAACGAUUGUUUAAUAUAUUUUUUUAUUUCA